UACCUUUUGAGGCUUUGAACACUUGUUCAUGCAAAACAGGUCAACUACAAGUCUUUCUUGAGCCUCAAUCUGUUUUGAAAAACGAGUUUUUAUUUUUACCAUGGAUCCUCUGUCUUAGCUGGGUAGCUGCAGCUUUGUUUACUUAUUAGGACAGCAAGUGAUAAAUGUGCUUUGAUUUCUUAUCCACCUCGAAGGGGGUGAUAUUUUUAGGGAUUGGAGUCUGACCAUAAAUGAUACAAAUCAUUAGAAUCCAAGAGCAGCUAGUGGGUUUACCAGAGAAAGCAACAGGUCAAUCUCCCCUUCACUUGCGGAGACCCCAAUUCUCCUUCAUAGUAUAGCCUACAAGUUGUCCUUUUCUCCAAUCAAAAUAGCCAUAGAAAAAAAACAUCCUUUGAGGUGCCGGCAAUUCCGCUACUAACUUCUUCUACCUGGAUCCCAUUAACCGAGGACUUUUUUCAUAAAUCCUGUAGAAAAACAUUUAGCUUUGCUCCAUCAAAGUUUACUAAAAAUGAAGCUCUGUUUCUGUAGCAAAACUGAACUCAAAGGUUCUUCAGGAAUGAAUGAUGUUGCACUCUUUGGCGCAUCAAUCCAUAGCCAUACGUUACUAAGUGACAGAGGGUUUCUUUAAUUGCUCAAACACAUUGAAAUACCACAUACUUUUUGAUCAUUUCAAGUACUGAAAGUCAUCUUUCUCCGCUUUGAUUUCGACUACUGAUGUGCAUACAUAUGCCUCUUCUUCAAUCAUUCAGUUUUUUUUGUCUAUUCUCCUUCUGAUUGGUACCUAAAACCUCAUUUUCCCACUGGUCCCCUUCCAGAAACAGAAGAAAGAACACCAUGCUGAGUUCCCUCAGACUCUGCUUGAAUUCCUUGAAGAAGCCCAGAAAACUCUGUUUCUUGAACAUAUGUAAGAGCUGGAAGAAACGGGAAUCAAAGGAAUUUUCCUCUGAUUUGAGCUGCCAAACUUCAUCUUUUGCUACUACAGAAGUUUCCCAGCAGUUGAAGCAAGUGUUCAAGUUCAUAGACACGAAUGGAGAUGGCAAGAUAUCUUCUUUGGAGCUCAGUGAAGUUCUUCUGAGAUUGGGACAGUACACAAGGUCUUCUUUGGCCUCAAAAGAAGCUGAAUCCAUAGUAAGAGAAAUGGAUUGCGACGGAGAUGGAUUUGUUGACUUUGAUGAAUUCAUGAAUGUAAUGGGCACUACAACAACAACAACUACAACAUAUGCUCAGAAUAAUGAAGGUGGAGCUAAAUCAUUCAUUCUUGACCAAGAAGAUGAGCUUUUUCAAGCUUUUCUGAUCUUCGAUGCUGAUAAGAAUGGGGUUAUAUCAGCAGAGGAAUUGCAGAGGGUUCUGAUCAGCCUUGGAUGCCACCAAAAUUGCAGUCUUGGAGACUGUAGAAGAAUGAUCAAAGGGGUUGAUAAAGAUGGAGACGGAUUUGUAAACUUCCAGGAGUUCAAGUCAAUGAUGAGUACAGGGAUAUUGCAGAUGCAUUAGUUGAUGAAUGUUUGAUUAGUUGAUUAUUUCAAGUCAGGCCCUGUAAAAACCAAGUCUUUCCUCUUCUAAUUUGUUUUGCAACACACAAGAAUCUAUAUCAUUCUAAUGUGUUGGUUCUGCAUAGGUUCAGUCGGCGACUCCUUUAGGUACUGGUAAACGGAGACAGUUAGCUGCACGAGCACCUCUCGUUGUUGCAACACUCCAAACUUUGUAGUUUGCGAGAGUCGUCCUUUGAGAAGAACCUCGCCUUAUUUUUCCCCUUGCUCUCAAGCUUGAUAAGUUGUGAGCAUGGAUCAAAUGAGGUUCAGUUAGCGCUUAGCGAUAUGCUCAAUUCUUCGGUCGGUCCAAUUUUGCUUCGAUCAUGUUGAGCUUUCAUGGACUUCUCUACACGUGCGCUUGAGCAACUUGUACGAUAUCUUCUCCGAGUCUUUACAUUAAUCUCUUCUUUCUUUACAAAACUAACUACCAUGGAACUUCAGUGCCGGUGUAUGAAGAGCUAGUGCAGAUAUAUAUACAUAUUUUUCCCAAUUGCCGAGUCCUUUGAAACCUUGUAGCAUUUUCAGGUGCCUUGGCUCUCAAAUUAGAAGGAUUAGAUUUUAUAGGAAUGUUGUAUGGUCGGUAUUUACUUUCUUUUUUCUUUGAUGAUGCCAUGUAAAGAUUUUUAUUCAGCAUAAGCCUUGUGAGUUUCAGUUUGAUCUAUGUAGUAAUAUAGUCAUUCAAGUUCUUCAUAUCCCCCACUAAGUUAAUAGUGCUUUGUCAUAAUUUCAAAGUAUGCAUACACGCAUAGUCUUUAAUCGGUGGCAGUUGAUAUAAAAAGAGCUGAAAUAUCACUCCCUUUUGUCCUUGGCAGUUUUCUGCGA